AUGGCGCCCAAGCUGCUAUCCGAAAACGUGACCGACAGGGAACAGUCCAACUCAAGACCAAAGCUCGCCAUUGUCGCACCUUCGCCAACAGAAGGUGAUCUAUCAAAUAGCGAGGACCGACACAGCUCGAAGAAGAGCCUGAAGGACAUUGCAAAACAAGAUCUCAACGAGGCUGCGAGGAGCAAUCGAUCUAUGCUCGGCGAUCCGGUGAGCUUGAAGGCAGAGACGGCGGAUAGGGACCCCGUCAAGGAUGAUGGAUUGGGCGGGCUUACAGACAAGAAAAAGAGGGAUUCGAAGCUUUGA